GGGAUAGUCUAUAGAGACGACGACGAACAACGAGAGAUAUCAGCAGUACAAAUACACGAAAUACAAAACUACAUUCAGUCUAACGAAAUCGAGAUAACCAACAACAACUGCAUUCGAGUCGUCGACGUGUUUGAAUAAUAAUACACCGACAUCGUAGUGUACUUGUGUGAAUGUUUUGUGCUAAAAAAUUGUCGUAAGGUCAAGGAAUUUAUCGUACGUUUUAUAUGUACUAGUAGUGUGUGUGUAUUUAUUUGUUUAGAAUAUUUAUUUGCCGAUCUUCUUGACCUCGCGUAGAUAAACGACGGAUAAAUAUGUGCGAAAGUUGACACGAAAAUGAUUUUCUUGCAUUCGAUAUCUACUGACGAUGGCACGGAGAAGCCGCCUCCUCAAGAUCACGCUAGGUAUCCUAAUAGGAAUAUCGGUGUCGUUAUUGUUAAACGAAAAAUGUACCGUAAGAUCGAAAAAACGUCUCGCUCCUCACCGUCUAAUCAACGAAGAAAAUCGUCGAGCCUCGAAUAAAAGUCUUCUGUUCGUGGGUAUUAUGACGGCGGCGAAAUAUCUGGAUACGCGCGCGAAGGCGGUAUACGACACGUGGGGUAGAGAAGUGCCGGGAAAAGUGAUGUUUUUCAGUUCGGAAAAUUCGUACAGCGAACACGUACCGUUGGUAGUUUUACGCGGGGUGGACGAUAGUUAUCCACCGCAAAAAAAAUCGUUUCGUAUGCUCAAAUAUAUGUACGAUAAUUAUAUAGAUAAAUACGAGUGGUUUUUGAGGGCGGACGAUGACGUGUACAUCAGGACCGAUCGUUUAGAAGAAUUACUGAGGUCUGUAGAUAGUAGAAAGGCUUGGUUUAUAGGCCAAACCGGUCGAGGUAAUACCGAGGAAAUAGGUUUGUUAUCGCUCGACGACGACGAAAAUUUCUGCAUGGGCGGUCCGGGCGUUAUACUAUCCAGGGAAACGCUCAAAAGGAUAGCGCCAUCUGUGGAAGAAUGUCUUAGCGAAGUUUAUACGACACACGAGGAUGUCGAAUUGGGACGUUGCGUGAAAAAAUUCGCUGGGAUAUCUUGUACGUGGUCCUAUGAGGCGAGUGACGGUCGUAUUAUGCAAGUUAUACUUUAUCAUAACCAAAGCGGCGAGGCGGCGUUUACGGGGGAUCUGAAACAAAAAGAAGUCCAUAGAGCUAUAACUUUACAUCCGAUAAAACAACCCCGGUAUAUGUACCGAUUACAUAAUUAUGUAAAGGGAUUGAAAAUACAAAAAUACCAACAAGAAAGUAUUUCGUUGCAUCGAGACAUAGCGGCAUCGAUGCGGGAGUUGGGUUAUCGCGCGGAACGCGUAAAUUCCGCCGAACUAGCUCCGAACUUACCGCUGUUUACCGAUAAAAAAGGAUCCGGCGGAUACCUCGGCGAUACCGGCAUAUUGGGUAUACCGGCCGGUUUAAACAGAUACACCCCCAAAAGUUUAGACGAUAUUUUAGAAUGGGAAUUAAUUUCGAAAACUUUAUAUACUCACCGAGAUUCGAAUCCUCGAAAAAGGAUCGGAUCCUCCUUAAAAGAAGGUUUAAAUGAUGUCGUUAGAGAGAUAAUGGAACUGAUAAAUUCGUAUUCGAAACAAAGGGGUAGAGUGAUUGAUUUCAAAGAAAUUUUAUACGGUUAUUGGAGAUUGGAUCCCGUUUUUGGUGUAGAUUUAAUUUUGGAUUUGUUAUUGGUAUAUAGGAAAUAUAGAGGCCAUAAAAUGACGGUCGAAGUGCGACGCCACGCUUACGUUCAAUUAACUUUUUCAGGUACGUUCGUUCGUGAAAUAGAUCAAGAACGAUCCGAUCAGGAAUUAAUCGAAUUAGAUUCGUUGCCGGUCCAUAAAAAAAUCGUAAAUCAAAUAUUUUCGAAAAUCAACGAAAAACUACAACCCCUAAUAAAUUAUUACGCACCCGACGAACGUUACAUUAAUUUCGUAUUGCCGUUAAGCGGCCGUCACACGAUAUUCGAACGAUUUCUCGAUUCGUACGAACGAAUUUGCUUAAAAAACCAACAAUCCACCAAUUUAUAUGUGGCACUUUACCGAAACGAACAAACCCCACGAGACUACCGAAGAAGUCUACAAUUAAUCAACGAUUUAAAACAAAAAUAUCCCUAUAGAAUAAUAAAAAUAUUAAGUUCCGAAGACGAGGAUUUUUCGAGAGGUAGGGCGUUGCAAUUGGGCGUAAACGAACUACGAGACGACGAUUUGAUGUUAUUCAUCGAUGUUGAUAUGGCAUUCGACGAAGACAGUCUCGAACGAAUACGGAAAAACCCCGUUCGAAAUUCCAAAGUAUAUUUCCCGAUUGUUUAUAGUUUGUACGAUCCCCAUUUACUCGACGAAUAUUAUAACGAAUCGAUGUGGACGUGCCCCAAAAAUAGUCCGAUUGAUGAUGAGCACGGUUUUUGGCGACCGUUCGGUUUUGGAAUCGUCGCUAUAUACAAAAGCGAUUAUAUAAAAUUGGGGGGCUUCGAUUUGAGUAUAUCGGGAUGGGGGAGCGAAGACGUCGAUUUUUACGAUAAAGCCGUCAAAUCCGAUUUGAAAAUAGUCAGAAGUGUCGAUCCGGGUUUGGUUCAUAUAUUUCAUUCGGUUAAAUGCGACGAAAAAUUAAAUAUUAAUCAAAAAAUUAUGUGUCUCGGUACUAAGGCUAGCACCUUGGGCUCGGUGCGACAAUUACAACAUUUUUUUAUCAAAUACAAAGAUUUGUUUAGGUAACAUACGGUACAACUUAGUAUCGAAAUAAAAAUGUUUCGUUUAA